AUGUGCAUCAACGUCGACCGCGGCUCUUCAUCUCAGUCAAAAACAAUGCUUACAGUCUACGAUAUGAUCCCCAGAUCCUCGGACGUUGUCGAGACUAUCGAAGAAGGAGAUGUCGAUGCGCUGGUUGGAUUGUUCGCUUCUGAUAAAGCAUGA